GCAUAGGGCCUAGACCAGAAUCGAACCGCCGUUGGGUUGGCUCCUCGGUACGGUGGUGGCUCUGUCCGACGACUGGUGGUGUGACCGACCGUGGUCCGUCCGUCACAUAUUCCCGGUUUGAAAGCAAGGUUGCGACUAGUUGUUGCGACGCAGGAAGGUGUAGUGAUCUGUGUACGGAGUUACAAACGGGUCUGCCGGCCAUGGAGAAGCGGAUAGCACUCGAAAAACGGGGAAGAAACUCCGGCGAAAUCAAGGAACUCGUUCUUGACAAUUGUCGGAGUACGCAUAUAGAUGGUCUGACAGAUGAAUUUGUUGCAUUGGAGUCGUUAAGUCUCAUUAAUGUGGGUCUUACCAGUCUAAAAGGCUUCCCAAAAUUAUCAAGUCUUAAAAAGUUGGAACUUAGUGACAACAGAAUUUCUGGCGGUUUGAACCUCCUUCAGUCAAGCCAGAAAUUAACUCAUCUUAAUCUUAGUGGGAACAAGAUCAAAGAUCUCGAGACACUUCAACCCUUAAAGGAGUUUAAGAACUUAAAGAAUCUGGAUCUUUUUAACAAUGAGGUGACAAAUGUGGACAAUUAUAGGGAGAAAGUCUUCAGCCUUAUUCCCAGUCUUCGAUGUCUUGAUGGAUUUGACACGGACGAUUGUGAAGUCGACGACAGUGAAGGCGAAGAUGACGAAGUAAAUGGAAAUGAAGAUGGUGACGGUGAUGCCAAUGAAGAAGACAGCGAGGAAGUUUCAGACGAAGAAGACGAUGAAGAUUUCGACGAUGGUGGUGUAGGUUUAGCAACUGUGUACAAGGUUGAUUUAGAAGAUGACAGUGACGAGGAGGAUUUCCUCUGCGACGAAGAGGAGGAGGAGGAAGAGGAGGAGGAGGAGGAGGAAGACGAAAAUGAAGAUGACGAGCAAGAGGAAGAAGCAGAAUCGUCUCCCGCUCGAGGUAAGAAGAGAAAACAUGAAGACGGAGAUUCUGGGAACUAGAACCGCACUAAAAAGAGCUGGUUUCUUUCUUCAUACUGUUGAAUGAGUGUAAAAUUCGUAUAUAAAUAAUAACAAUAAUUGAGACGCCGAGUGAACAUCUGGGAAUCAAACUAAUUGACCGCGACCAAUGACAGAGACUACAGUUAGUGGUGUGUGAAUUUAUCAGUAAAUCUGAUUGACUGACUGACUGAGGAAUUGUCUGUGGAACAACAGGAACGAUUGAUUACCAUUGCGAGAGGAGGGAGAAGAGCAACGUGAAUGAGAAACGUGAAAAGAGGAUAAUGAUGGCAUAAAAUAGGACUGCAUUCCAGCUGGGCGCAGCGCGUUUUAGUUAUACUAACGAUAUUUUAUAUAGAGUAUAUAGUUAGAGUAUUUAGCGGUGUUGCAUAGAGAGAGAGAGAGAGAGAGAGAGAGAGAGAGAGUGAGAGAGAGUGAGAGUGAGCGAGCGAGCGAGCAAGCGAGCGAAAGAUUGGAUAUCGAUGGGAAGUGGAAAUAGAGAAAACAGAGGAGGGGUAACAUAGUGUGUGGUGUGGUGGAGUUUUACACUUGAAAAGGAGCAUAUUUGUCUGUUAGCUCCAGUCGGCCAAAGGCUGGUCACGCUGGAAUGCAGUCAUCGUUAAUCAGUACUAAGGUUACAUAAGUUACAUUUUAAAUACAUUAUUAUUGUACCAUGAUGAUAAGUAUAGAGUAAAUAAGGAACAACUUUUGUACAGGUUUACACCAUACAUCGAGGUGCCGAUUACGCCUCUGUGAUUUUUGGGACAGAAAAUAAAGAGAAAUAUAUGUCGCUCAUACAUUGAGCUUAUGUAUAUCUACGAAAGACGUAUUAAGAUAGGAAUUCGUAAUCGUAAGAAAUGAGCAAGUGAAGAAGGUAUGAACGUUUCGUUUAUUACAGAGAGUAAUAGUCUUUUCGAGAUGUGCUGCUGCAGGCUGUUUCUCACAAACACGGCUGGUUAGAUGACCAGCUAAAUAGCUCUUAGAAAAAAAUAAGUUACAUAAUUUCGAGAAGUGCGUACAGUGCUGUAACCAUUUUCUCAAUAUCUGGUUUCAUAUGUUACUGGCAGUGACAUGAAAAUCACUUUUACUAUCAUUUUUUUUCUAGAUGUAAUUCGUAACUGUUAUGUCAGAAUUGGCCUCGGAUUUGUGUGGAAAGUGAAAAAUAUGAAAUUUUCCGUAUGUAAAAGUUAUAUAAAAAGAUAGUUUAUUUCUUUCCAUCUACGAUGAAUAAUUUUCGAGUUGCUUGAUGAAGCUAGAGUUUGACGACGAGAAUCAGCCUGUAUAAACGAGAGCAACAAGUUUUAGUUCGAUUCAGUUUUUUUUUCUUUUCUUUUGUCUCUCUUUUUCUUUUUAUUUUUUCUGGACAAUGAUUCGAUGAACUUUGCCAUUUCGCGAGGAGUCGUAGUUUCAAACGUUUUCCGAGCUCGUAACAGUAGAAUGUUGAAAAGGUAAUGUAACAAUCAACACUGCUUCAUGACUUCAAGUCAUUUUUAAGUUUCAAAACGUGUAUGUACAAUGAUGGCAAUGGCAAUACGCCAGACGUAACAUGGCUGUUAAGGUAAUGCUGUUAUUUACUCUCGGGUAUUACAUGUGCUACGUGUGUGUUACGCUCUAAUCUAAUACGAAUUCGUUUUAUUAGACAUCGAUUAUCGUAGUAUCUUCCCGCCUGAAAUUGCAGGUGUUCUCAGCUAUCGUAAUUAACUUAAACGUAUUUUCAUUUCAACAUCAUUAUCGAAUCAUCACGGUUUUUUACGAUGAUAAUAGAAUUAAUUACUUGUUGAAUAGCACACAUCGCUUGUACACAAAUAUAAAAAUAUUUGAAACAUGAUGCAGGAGAUAAAUCAAAAUUGGUGUACCUUUAAUUUCUGUCUCUGAAGUUACCAUAAGCGCUGAAACAUCUCGCGAUGAUUCAACCGUGAAAUUAAUGGGUAAUCAUCAUCAUUAAUAUUAUUAUUAAUAUUAAAUUACGAUUAUGAUUUAAAUAAAGAUGAAAUGUAACAAAUAUUUACACUUGCGCUUUCGCACUUUUGAAUUGUAUUGUAAAAUGAGGAAAGAUGGAACGUGGAGACGGGAAAAUUUAGAUUAGAGUAGAGAAAAUCUGGAGACACAGGCGCAAAAAUAAAACGGAUGGGUCAGAGACGAUGUAGUAGUUAAUGGUGGUGGUGAGACUGUGUAUCGCUGGACGGACUAGCCAGUUAACUACGUGAUCGUGGGAUGGAUGGGAGUGAGAAUAGCGGCGAGUGAGAGUGUACGCGAGGAUCGGUUUUAUAAGAAAAUGAUACAAAAAUAAAUAAGAAUAAAAUUAUGGUAAAGUCGAGGAUCCUGGCGCCUUCUCCUGGUCGCCAGUUUGGUUAUGGCCUUAUCCAAUUUUUCCAAGACUAAAGCAAAUUUAUAUUAGGUACAUGUACAGGUCCAAAUCUGUAAAUUUCCAAUCUGCAAUUUGUAAUUGCGGUUCGCGCGGAUGCUCGUAGUAGAUUCGUGAAAGAAGGGAGAGAAGAUUAUGAAGAACAAGGCGACGAACAAGAAGAAAAAGUAGUUGAAUGAUGAAUAAUUAAUUAAAAUGAAAUUAAGAUUAUAAAUAAUUGAGAAUGUGUUCCGCGCGUCCCGCAACUCACACACAUACACUUUUGUCAAUUGCGAUUUUGGAUAGACCAUUUACGUAAGGGAAUCUAUCGUCCUUCUCUAUUAUCAAAUCUAUUACAUCUCUGUAUUGUCUGUCUGUUCCGUUCCGUUAAAGUGGAUUUUUAUCAUAACGUUUGUUUCGAUUUCGAGCAAUUCUCAUCACAAAAUAAGAAGAAAUAAUUUAUUAAUAAAAUCAUUUACAAAUCAA